AUGUCAGAAAAACCGCCGAACAAACGCCAGCACACCCCGUAUGCCUUGCUCGACGAGAGUGACUUGGCCAAGAGAGCCUGUCUCGAACAGCCGAGUUUUCUUGACACCUCGAGGCUUCAAGAGCCUGCUUGGCUGAAUCCGAUAUCUUCUUCCAAUCCGAGCCAGCGGAACUCAUUCAGUCCGUUCGAAUUGAGCGAUACAGGAAGUUCGCGGCUAUCUCCCCUUGGCCAUCAACCAAUUGGUAACGAGGAUGCCGCCAUGCUAUCGGACAAUGAGUCUGAUCAGUGCUGUUUUGGAGAACUUCUAAUCGAAUUUUUGUCACCGGCCACCUUGAGUGAAGAUCUCUCACACGUUCCUAUUGAGCUCCGAUUCUCAGGCCACGUCAUAAGCCUUCAUGUUGAAGGCUCUGGUACCUAUAUGGGCCGUAUAGAAUCCAAGGCUAUAGUCGAUCUCGUGGAGGACUACCAAGUGACCCUUGUCACCACUUUAGAAUGCCCACCUGUCAAAAAGAAGAAGUCUGCUGAUUCAUUUCAAACACCAAAAACACUCCACAUUGUCGUCUACGGGUUGCGAAAGGACAUGAACGAAAUUGGGGACAUCCUGGAAGACUCCGAACUCUUUCUCCAGCAUCCAACCGAAUACGACACUCGCUUGGAGUAUUUGAACCCUCAGUACCUUCUACGACCCGGCGCAACUAUCCCCAAAGCUGACAGUGCGACCUUCCAAGCAAUUGCAAAACAACACUCACCUGAACAGGUUAUGGCGGAAAAGGCGAAGAGCGAAGUCCAUCGGGUGUUUGACUCUGCCAGUGGACCGUCGACUUUUACGCAUAUACUACCCAGCUCCAGGCUAAUAACGAGUUUGCAAGAACACCAAAAGAAGGCCCUGGCGAUGAUGGUCGAAAAAGAUCUUGGCUUGCUUGAUAAUACGACGUUUCCAUCCCUCUGGAAUACCGUUACUACAUCAAAUGGCCGCGUAGAGUAUCGUCAUGCGAUCACGGGGCGAAGCGAAGUGAAACCCGCUCCAAUGUGUGGGGGUAUCCUUGCCGAUGAUAUGGGUCUUGGAAAGACCUUGACCACUCUCGCUUUGAUCAGUUGGUUUCUGGAUGUCAUAGACAAUCCAAGUGUUCCCGAGACUUGUCGCACGACACUAAUAGUUGCACCAAACUCUAGAGCAGAUCACAAGGUUAGAGUGGUGCUUUUUCAUGGACCUAUGAGAGGCAGACUGGCCAAGUCUCUCAUGGAGCACGAUGUUGUUCUCACCACUUACGGAACACUACAGUCUGAAUGGAGGUCAAAGAAAGGAGAUUCUCCUCUAUUCACACAGACAUGGGCACGAGUCGUGCUCGACGAAGCACACCAUAUUCGUGAGCGGUCGACGCAAACUUUCAGGGCCGUCACUGCACUACGAACCAGCCGAAGAUGGUGCCUCACCGGCACGCCGAUACAAAAUCGACUCGACGACUAUGGAGCUUUGCUAAGUUUCAUCGGAGUUCCACCAUUCAUCAACAAAUCAGCAUUUGACUUCUGGAUAAUGAAGCCAGUGGCCCAAGGCAAUGCUGAGGGACUGAGGAGGUUGAAAAACCUUGUUGGUGCAACUUGUCUCCGCAGGACCAAAGAUAGCGUGAGGAAAACCCUAAAUCUUCCUGAUCGUAAAGUACACGAGUGUGUUGUACAGCUGAAUCCAGAAGACAGAGAGCUGUAUGAUUUCUUCAAGAGAAACGCUUCCCACUUGAUUGCCGACAGGGGAUUUGGCGACUCGAAUACUGCUAAAACAACUGGGAGCAUCCUUCCGAUCAUCAACGCCCUGAGGCUCAUCUGUAAUCAUGGACAGAGACUUCUCCCAAAGUUUGCAUUUGAGGCCUGGAGCCAUCGGCGCAAUGCAACCUCAGAUUCAAACUUCACAACGAGCAAAUUUGGGCUCUGCAUUUCUUGCGGCGCGGAAGCAUCACCUAAUGAUAUGCAAUCAGAGUUCGCCUGCUCUCAUUUCCUUUGCUCCAAAUGCACAGAUUCAGACGAAAAGUAUCAACUUUCACUUGAUAGCGUUCUUUGCCCAAGCUGCACCAAGGAUGAGGAUUCUACGGCUACCGACGCAGCUACAGAAAAGGGAAAUUGCCGACCGUCUGCCAAGAUAAGAGCACUCAUACAAAAUCUUCAUGUAGAGCAACAGAAUAACCUUCCCACGCUUGGCAACAAACCCAUCAAGAGCGUUGUUUUCACGUUUUGGAGAAAAAUGCUAAACCUGAUUGAAUCUGCCCUUCUAGGCGAGGGCUUUAAGUUUGCGAGAAUAGAUGGCCAGAAGUCUUUGGCAGAGAGAGCUUUGGCAUUACAAUCAUUUCGCAAUGACGAAAGGUGUACUGUGAUGAUUGCAACGAUCGGGAGUGUCGGCGAGGGGGUCGACCUGACCGCCGCCAGCUUUGUACAUCUAGUAGAGCCGCAUUGGAAUCCAAUGCUUGAGGAACAAGCACUAGACCGAGUGCACAGAAUGGGUCAAACAAGAGACGUCGUUGCGACCCGUUACAUUACGAACAACUCGAUAGAGAUGUUGGUAAAGGAGAUCAAGGAGAGAAAGUUGGAUCUCAUAAACAGCUCCUUAGGUCAUCUAGUCGGGUUAGCUGAUACACAGAGUUAG